AGUAUAUAUAUACAUAUAUGAUGGCUUGGGAUUGCAGAUUUUUGUCUCUCGACGACAGGACUGCCGAGUCGCAUAAGAGGGCCACGGUAAAGGAAUUGAAUGAAAAUGAAGGUCUCUAUUGCUGCGGCGGCACUCGCUGCUGGUUUCGUACCCGGUGUAUAUGCGGCUUAUGAGGGGGACAUUGUUCAGUACUGGGCCCUCCAAGGCAACCUCCUCACCAACGGCACCAUAAUCGGCGGCAUCGCCUCGCCCCCUUCCGCCUGGGCCCAAGCCGUCGUCCACGCCGCCAUCUACCACGCCGCCACCGAGACCAAGACCAAAUCCCUCGCCUUCCAACAACUCGCCGUCUCGCACGCCGCCCACAACGCCCUGACCUGGGUCUUCCACGGCACGCGCAACUACAACCCCACCGACGCCGCCCUGCGACAAGUCCUAGGCCCCAUCGGCAUCGCCGCCAACUCGUCCAACGCCGCCGCCGCGCGCGACAUUUGCCGCAAGGCCGCGAGAACCGUCCUCGUCGCGCGCGCCGACGACGGCAUCAACGAUUUCGUAGACUACAUCGUCCAGCCGCCCGCGCCGGGCGUCUAUCAACCCACACCCGGCGGUAACCCCUUACCCGACACCCCGCAAGCCCCCCUCAUCAAACUCUUCGGCGGCGUCGGCGACGUGAAGCAAUUCCAAGUGUCUCCCCCGCCGAAACCCAACUCGCCCGAGUACGAGAAGCACGUGGAGCGCGUGCGCAACGUCGGGGCGCGCAACUCGACGACGAGGACGAAGCACGAGACGGAGACGGCGUACUUCUGGCGCGAGAGCAGCGUGACGCAGUGGACGCGGAUCGCGAAUGCCGUUGUGGGGGACCGGUGGAAGGCGGAUGUGAGCCAGGCGGCGAGGUUCUAUGCGCAAUUUUAUUAUGCGUUGGCGAAUGCGGCGAUUGCGAGUUUUCAUGUCAAGUACGUACCAAAACUUUCCCAGCUUUUUUUGUCUUGCAAUGACGCCCUUGAGCUUCCGGAAUCUCACUGACAUGGCAACGCAGAUACCGCGAGAACGCCUGGCGUCCCGUAACCGCCUUCCAGUAUCCCAAGCCCUUCCUCGCCAGCG